AUGGCAUCCAAGCAACAGGAAAUGGAUAGCGUAGUGAAAGACAUCUAUACAGCCAUGCAGCAAGAACCACAUCUCCAGUCCACACUUUUCGUCCUGUGUGGCGAUCAUGGCAUGAAUGAUGCCGGGAAUCAUGGAGGUUCAUCUGCCGGCGAGACCUCCCCAGCGUUAUUGUUCGUCUCGCCAAAAUUUGAAGCCUUGGGCCAUAGACUGAAAAGUCCCGUGGACGCUUCUGAGGAUUUCCAGUACUACCGGUCGGUUGAACAAGCAGACAUUACCCCAACACUGGCUGGACUGCUCGGUCUACCUAUUCCCUUAAACAGCUUGGGGGUUUUUAUUCCCGAGUUUCUUAACAUGUGGGAUUCUGGGUCGCAAAAAUUGAAUAUUCUACAACGUAAUGCUCGGCAAUUACUAAACACGGUCAAGGCUGCAUUCCCGGGGGUCUCGUUUGACCACCAUGACAUUGGUUCCAGUUGUUCAUCCGGGGCAACCUCUGGCAUAGAAGGCGCCCAAUGUGCGUGGUCCCAAAUUCAGCAGCUUUCUCGUGAGACACCGGCCGAGGAUGAAUUUGCCAUUGUAGGUCCCGCUUUACAACGGUUCUCGCUCAAUGCACAAGAUGUGAUGAGUAGUGCCGCGAGUGACUACAAUGUCUUCCGACUUGCUUUCGGCCUGUUGAUCACAGGCUUUGCGGCGAUGAUGGUUUUCCCAGCUGUGUACCAAGACUGCGCACGAUCUGCUUACACGGGCGGGUUUCUGGCGUUCCUGAUUGUGGGUUAUGGAGUCAUGAUGUUCGCAAGUAGUUAUGUGGAGGAGGAGCAGCAAUUCUGGUAUUGGAUUUGCUCGGGGUGGAUUUUGUAUCUCCACGUCAAAUCGACACGCUCCCGACACUCUCAGCACAAGAGUCCAUUCAACUGGACCAGCAUGGCCACCAUCGGACUUAUCCUAUCCCAACGGAUCCUGCGCCGGUGGAACCAAACCGGCCAAAAAUUCACGGCCGAACCAGAUAUCGCUCGCAACUUCUUACCCAAUCACCCCCUGUGUCUGUGGGUAUUGAUAACCCUCACAUACGUCGAUGCUGGCCGCGGGCUGUUUUUGAGCUUGCCGACUGGAUUGCCGCGGCUAGUUGGACUGGUUCUGCCAAGCCUGGCUUUCUUGUUCAAGUUGAGUUUUGUAGCAAAUGACUCGCCCGAGCUGCUGGUCGAGUCCCUUCUAUCACGAAUGGAGAAGUUCUUGGAGACUGUACCAUUGGUUUUGCAGGCGAGGCUCGUUUUCGGCGGAAUUGCGUGUUGUAUUCUUUUGGCAGUUGCAACAACGGGUCGGUGGAGAGGAGCAGCUGCUUCAAACCACCUUGCCCACGAGGCGCUCAAUCUGUUCCUAAUGACGCAGUCCAGAGUCACCAACAUUCCAGUGUUCCUUGUGUUUCGUAUUCAGGCCCUCAUUUUGACCCCAAUGAAUUUGAAUGGAAUUGAGGUGACUGUCGUGACAUUAAUAAUGCAGUACAUGACUUUCUUUGCGCUUGGGGGUUCUAACGCGAUUUCUUCCGUGGACUUGUCGAGUGCAUACAACGGCGUGGGCAGUUAUAGCGUGGUCAUGGUGGGAAUCCUGACAUUUGCGAGCAAUUGGGCAGGUCCCAUUUGGUGGGUUUCGAUGAGCCAUCAGCUCCGAUCGCAUCCUGAUAUGGGAUAUCACAGCCCUGUCGCAUUGCUCACAUUCCACAUUGCCACGUCCCUGGUGUCAGUGAUGGCGGCUUGUACGGCCUUGAGAACCCAUCUGUUUAUCUGGACCGUGUUCUCGCCCAAAUAUCUGUAUUCGAUAGCUUGGGCGACGGCUAACCACGUUCUUGUAAAUCUGCUCGGUGGUGUCUGCCUUGCUGCUCCUCAGAAGCAAUAG